AAAAAAAAAGUAAACAAAGAGAGCAGCGUGCAGAGAAAGCUGGGGAAAUGAGGAGAGAAGUAAGAAUAUGCAGAGAUAGCGGGGCAGAUACCUAAUUAUCUGAAAUCACUCUCGUCUCCUUGGACUUAAAUUCCCGAUCUCUCUCUUUUGCUUUCCGUGAGAGCGUUCUUCUGUGAAUCAAAUUCAAAAUUUGAAUCUAGAGAGAGAGAGAGUGACAGAGAGAUGGCGUCUGGGAACAUGAAGGGUUUCUUCCGGCAGAGGAAGGGUAGCGGAGGCAUCGCGAAACCAAACCCUAAGACUUCAAGGGCCACUUCCAAGACCAAGCUCUCCACCCCUUCUCACUCUGCUACUUUGGGCUCCGACGACGCCCAAUCCCCUUCUCUCACCUCUCAUUCUUCUCUCCACCCCAACAAAUGUGAAGAAAAGAACUACGGCGAGAAGGAGGAGGAGGUGCUGAGGCAAUUCGACAUGAACAUGACGUACGGGCCGUGCCUCGGCAUGUCUAGACUCGCUCGCUGGGAGCGCGCCCAUCGCCUGGGCUUGAACCCUCCUCCACAGAUCCAAACCCUCCUCGAGUCCGCAAGUGUUCGCUCCGAGUGCUUGUGGGACGGCGUCGUUUAGCGCUCUUCGAUCCCCGUCGAACCCAUCGCCUGUGCUGCUGCGCUCUGUUUGGUAAUAGUGUAAAUGUGUUCAGCCUCUGGCUGCACCCUGUUUCUCGCUUUGUGUAAUCGUAGGACGAAGGAGGAACUAGAGAUUGUUCCUCCAUCCUAAAUGAGAUACUUCGCUUCUGUUGAAAAUAUAUAUGUGUGGUUUGUGUAUGUGCUUCUAUAACUUAAAAAUAGAUACAUUAUUUUGAA